GAUCACCGCUGGUCAUGAACUCAUUCUUCGUUACGUCCUCAAAAAUUCUACCACUCUUGAAUCGUAUACAGCACCGUCUGUGACAUGUCAAAUCUAGCAUUUAUCUGACGAUGCCAUGACGUAUUUGACAUUACUAGCCCCUAGUGCAAAUAUAAAAGCAGGCGCAAGUGAUAACUUUCCUCAUCGCCUCUUUACCUCCUGUGUUACCAUUAUAAGCAUAAGCAUAAUCUUUUGAUUACAGCCUCAUAAUGCAGUCUUCUAAGAAUACCGGAAACGUUGCAGGUGGUCACAAGGCCGCCGUCCAGAACCCUAACGUCUCCAGUGAGGCCAAGGAACACUCCCAGAACGUACUCGAGGAGAUGGGCUCGAAAGGAGAGCUUCCCGAGCAAACCGGAGGUGACGAAGGAAGGAACCCAGGCAAUAUUGUUGGCGGACACAAGGCAACUUUGAAGAACCCCAACGUAUCAGAGGAGGCGAAGCAGCACUCCAAGAAAGUUCUUGACGACAUGGAUGUUUGAUUAUCUGCAGGAUACUGUACUUUUAGCUUCUGUAGCUUCUGUAAGAAAUGAAAAUAUCAGCUUCUGGAGUGUAG